GGCCCCGCCGCAUCCCCCGGCGGCCGCAGCUGGAGGGUCCGCAGCGAAACCCCUCGGAGCAGGGGGGGGGCUUCGGGGAGGAGGAGGAGGAGGAGGAAGAGGCUGCGAGGGAGCGGGGCGGCGGAGGUAUCUCCUAGUAGAAAACCAUGGGCAAUUUCAAAGGGCAUGCCCUCCCUGGAAGUUUUUUCCUUCUUUUUGGCUUGUGGUGGUCAGUGAAGUAUCCACUGAAGUAUGCCUGUCGAAAAAACAAGAAUGCUUGCUACCUUGGUUCCAGGGCAGGAUUUCAGCGCCUGGAGUUUGUUGAGGGGAUCAUCAAAGCUGUCUUUGCCCUGAUUGGAAUGGUGGCUGAGCAGUUUGUUCCCGAUGGACCUCAUCUGAAGUUGUAUAAUUACGAGGAAAAGCACUGGGAUCACCUGAUGAACUGGCAACAUGCCACCAUGUACCUCUUCUAUGGCAUUUCAGGGCUGGUUGACAUUGUGGCUCACGGGACCAAUGCAUUGCCAGUGGCCAUGGACAGGAUGAUGCUUUCCUUAGCAGUGUUUAUUGAAGGUUUUCUCUUUUGCUACCAUCUUCAUGGGAGAGCCAUGCUGGAUGUUCAUGUUCAUCAGUUAUUGCUAUUUGCAAUCUUUGGAGCUGCUGUUUGCAUAUUUCUGGAAGUUUUCUUCCGUGGCAGUAUUGUGCUUGAGAUGCUCCGCACAAGCCUCUGCAUAUUACAAGGUAGCUGGUUCUGGCAGAUUGGUUUUGUGCUUUAUCCCCCAAAUGGGAGCCCAGAGUGGAAUCAGACGGAUCAUACUAAUAUGAUGUUCCUGACCAUGUGUUAUUGCUGGCAUUAUGCCUUCGCUUUUCUUAUACUUGCAGUGAAUUACACAAUCGUCAGCUGGGCAGUUCGUUCAAAGGUUAAACAGUCCCAGUCCAUGGAAAUGGGAUUACUGAAAACAUCUGAACGAGAUCAGGAGUCAGAAGAUGAAAUUUAGCAUGAAUAUGGCUUGACUAGUUUAUCUGCUCUACCAUUAGGCUAAUUGAUACCUCAUUCCUAGAUUUGUUUGCCAUCUUAUUCAUUCUUCACUACAGCUCAGUAUGCAAAUAUCAUCCCCUGAGUACUGUUUACAUCUUUAUUUGCAGAGGGUAAGCUCGAUAUCAGUUUGUGGGGGUUGCACUAGUACCUUGCUUAUCACAUGCUUCAAUGAAAACUGGACUAAUAUUGGACAGACUUGGACUGGAUGAGGUGGCAUGAUGAAGCCUGUGUGUUUGCCUCAUUAAAAGCUAAGCAAAAUGUUUUCCAGCUGCUGCUGAACAGGCUGUUCAGUUUCCAUAAUUAGGGUUUCCAAAUAAGUGUGUUUGUUGCUCUGCAAGUGACUGUGCAUAAGUAACUGUGUAGACCUGGAAAACAGUAGAACAAGAUGGGAGGACUCGAUGAUCUUUAAGGUCCCUUCCAACCUAGACAAUUCUAUGCCUCUAGGAUAAAAAAAAUCAGAAUCUUGCUGCUGCCUUGUGCAACAGUUUCAUGUCUCUGCUUGUGGCUUUAUGUUAAAAUGAAAGAACUACUCACCGCAAAUCCAUUCAGUGUUUCCUUGAAGAGUGUGUAGUGUGUUCACUCCUGCAGAGAUAUUACCAAGCUUGGUAGGAGAGCCAAAGAUGUGUAUGAUGAUCAAAAGCCACUGUAGUUAUUCAUUCUCAUGCCUAGAUAGUCCUGCCUCUUUGCAACAUUUGACUUUGAAAGGCAGUGAAGUGACUCUGCUUUCCCUCAGUGCCUGGAGCAACUUCUUUUCCAGAAAGGCUGAGGAGUCACCAGUGGGAUAGCACCCAGCUGCAAAGCCAGUUUCUUUUCAAAGUUAUUUCCUUUCUUUGGGUGGAAUUUGGUGGAAUUUCAACAGGGUUCAUAGAGACACGUGACUGGACCCAGCACCUGGGUCAGGAGCAGGUAAUGCUCAUCUGUGAGCAGAAUGAGAUGGAUUUGCAUCCUGUUCCCUGUGUCACCCCUGCAAUCACCAGGCAGCUCGCGCAGUGCUGUACAGUGAGCUAUGGGAGGGCAGAUGUUGCCUUUAUAAUAGCUUCAUGCCCAGCUGCCCACAGCAGUGAAUGACUUAAUUUUUUUUAAAAAUUGCAUUUAUUUUCUCCACGAAAAGGGGAAUCUUCAUUCAGUGAAAAACAGGGUGCCCUCCUCAGCGCUCAGUGUUGCCUGGGAUGUGCUCCAACCUCAUCAAAAGGGACAUAACUGAUACAUGGCUAAAGACAGCAGAAGAUGAUGCUGUGUGUAAGCACACUACCCCUGUGGGGCAGACUGUGAAGUAUCACUCUGUCUCUAAUACAUUUUUCAGAAGACUUGCAGGGGCAGAUGGGCAGCAAGGAGCACUUGCUGGGCCCCUGCACAUGUCCUCUGCUUCUCAGAGCCCAGGAUGUGUGCUGGUGGCCAGGGGCCAUUUUACAUAUCCAUCAGUGAUAAGGUGAUCAUUCUAGAAAACAGCCCUUCCCUUUAGAACACCUUCUAAAAGUAUUAUUUUCUAGUUAUUUUUGGAAACAGGCUAGUGCAGGACAACAAAUUCUGUUCAAAUUGUACCAGUGCAUCAGGUUUGGUGCUGCAGAAGUGUGUUCCUUCUGUUAUUAGAAUAUUUUCAGGUGCUCCUAAGGGAAUGCAGGGCUCAACUCCGGCAGAUGAAUGAGAGCUAUAGGCUCUGGUCCCUCUACUUUUGAGUUGCUCCUAGAAUUUUUUCAGUGCAAUCCAUAAAAAUGAGUAGCAUAAAAUUAAUAAUUGCAGUAAGCCAAUUACUUAAAAAGACAGGCAAUAAAAUAGUUUGUAGCUCAAAGGGAUCCCAGGACUCAAAAAAGAAUAAAUUAAAGGAUUUUCCUAAAGUAUUUCAACUUCAAUACAAAAUACACAUUCACUUCAUUUUCAGGACCCAUUUUUCACCUUCUCAUUUUCUAGGAGAACCUUCCUUAGCUGCACAUGCUCUUAAUGCUGAAUUUUAGCCUUCCAGGUUUAUUAAUGCCUUUCCAAAGUCAGGGAGGUCAUUUAUUCUGAAGGAGAUCUUCAGAAAGUACUUUGCUUCUCAUAGUCAGGACCAAUGCAAGUUUCUUCACUGCUUUUCUUGAUAAGUUAUAUUUAAUACUGUAAAAAUAUUAUGGUGCUGUAUCUCUAAACUAAAGGGAUAACUUAAGCAGGAAGAAAAGCAUGAUAAAUUGGCUGAGCUUUGAUAUGUUUACUUAGAACACUUCAGUUGGCAAGUUAAAAAUAUUUUAGAUAUUUGCCAAGUAUCGUGUAGUGACACUUGCAUCCAGGUGUCAGAUUAUCCAGAUGAAUCUACUUUGGAAAGUAAGAAUAGUUGGCUCACAGACAAAAUUUCUGUGUUUGAAAAUGUAAAACUGGAAACUGCAGAUGCACAGCCAAAGAUCACCACCUUUCUUAAUAAUUGCUUGCCCUUCUUCAGUGCCUUUCUCUGAAGAGCCUUGGAGGUUUUGGCAAACUUUAAUGAAGUCUGUCCGAGGACAUUCUUGUAAGCUCAGUAUUAGUAUGGCAUUUUUGUAGGUCUAUAUAUCAGCUUUGCAGUGGUCUCACUGUAAACUCUGAAUUAAUUGGUAUUUACUCAGCUCUGCAGAUCUAAGACUUUAGUUUCAUUACUGUGGUUCCAUUACAAUGAGAUUUUCUGCUGGCAUAAGCCAGAAGGAAGAUCCAUGGCUUUGCUGAGGAGCUUGCCUGUUAAUUGCAGCAGGAAUACAGUGGCCAAAUGCAGCACGUCGUGACACCCAGCUAUAAUUUUACCUUCAUUAUGCCACAUCACUCUUGUCUCUAAAUUGUUGGGAUUUUUUUAAAGGGCAGAAUUUUUCCUCUUAGCGUGGCUGGGGUAUAAAGCUUCUGCAGUGCUGGGCAGAGAAGAUGAUGGCUGUGUAUUAAAGGGAACUUGAAGAUUAUUACAAAAGUCUGCCUUGAUAAGCCAAGAUCAGUUGAAGUGGAGGGUGCUUAGCAAACUCUCCUUUAGAAAGAAACCUGCUUUUUCAGAAACAAAACGUGCCAGUACUGGAACGCGAUGGCCAGAAGAGUGGCUGCCUGCUGCAGUUCCUCCUGUGAUCUCCUCAGCCUGGUGGCUCUGGCUCUCUCCUUACCUGUGCCCAGGCACUGGCCCAGCAGUAGCUGUAGGUCUGUGUGGUUUUUUGGGAGAAAACCUGAGCAGGACUUAACCUGCUGAGAGGUAUCACCUCUAUCUCACUCUGUCUCCCUGCUGUGAAUCCCCCGUAAAUGAUCAGAGAACUGGACGAAUAAACCCACCAUACACGUCUGCUUUUUUUUGGUGCAACCAUGCUUAGCAAAGGUGCCUUUAAAGAAGCCCAACCUGGAGGUUAAUACAGUCUGUGACACAGAACUGUAGGGCAGCCUUCUCACAAAAACUCUCUUUGCAUAAGAGAAGUUGGCAUUGCAUUAUUAAGCUUGAAGAAAUGGAAGGAAAAACAGAUCCUGAAGCCUCAAAGAAACAGUAAUCUCCCGGAUUUAAUUUUUGAUAAUUACAGCCCAUGCAGAGUGAGUGUCAAUAGUGGAGUUUUGUGCUGGAUGUAUUUUUGGUGCCACAAAGGAAAGAAACAUGCCCUUUUAGGGUGGGUUUUUACUAUGCAGAACACCUGACCUGUUCUUCUCAAGCAUUGUUCAAAAGCGAUGCCCAGGAACAGUCCAUACCUAUUACAAUGAAAAAGGUACAACAUUCAGCAUUUCCCUAGCAACAGAUUUUGCUUGAGUUGAAUGAGUGGAGGGAAGUCUGACAAGUUUAUAAACACCACUCAGAAAAAGGUAGCUGCUCUCAAGAAAUUUAAAUUAUUUUAAAAUAUUGGUGCCUUUGAAUAACUAUAUAUUAGUUUAUAAUAGACAAAAUAUGCCUGUAAUUUUAUUUAAAUAAAAUUGAUUUAUUCAUA